UGGUGGGUGUCGUUAUGAAAACUCUGAAUCAUCAAGCAAAAGCCAGGUCUUUGUAAAUUUAAGGAGAUGUAUGGAAAAUUCCAAGGAGUUUGGGGAGCUUAUUCAGAAGGGGACGUUCUAAAGACCCCAAUGAGAGGGACUAGAUGUGGUGAUUCGCAACUGUGGCUGCACCUGAGUCUCACGUCGAAUGUUUUUCCAGUCCCCAGGCAGCACCUAGACCAACUAAACCAGGAUCUCUGCAAGUGGGACCAGGAAUCCGUGUUGUUAAACCCCUCCAUGUGAUUCCAGUUUACAGCCAAGCUUGCAAAGCAGUGGUAGAAUACACCUGUGAAAGGGAAGUUGAACAGGUAGAGGAGCAAGCAAAAAGACAAAGCAGAAGAGAACCAGAUGAGAAGAGUACAUUGGAAGCAAAGAGGAGGAUUUCAACAAGGCUUGACUGUCAUUGCCUCUUAUUGUAUUUAAUUUUCACCGUACCCCUCAGAGCUCAGAGUGGACAGCCAGCGAUCAGGUCAGGAGACCCAGGGACAGGGCACUUGGCUGAGAACUGAAGCAGCGACCCCCUGGUGUCUAAUGAGAACAGCCAGCCAUAAUGGAACCCAAACCUCAGAAGAGUCCAGGUGGAUCUGGAGCAGGCCCUGGCCCAGAGAUAAUUAUCCCUCACUACUGAGGCAAGACCUCUCUGAGUACCCUACCCAGUGUCUUGCCAGUCUUACCAGUCUGGCUGGAAGGAACAGGCAAACAAUUUACAUUUUAUUAUGAAAAUGAAGUCUGCAAACAAGAUUACUUUAUUAAAUCACCACCUCCUCAGCUUUUCUUCUCUGCUUCCUCUUGGAAAAAGCGGUUUUUCAUUCUUUCAAAGAGUGGGGAUAGGAGCCUGCGUCUUUCCUAUUACAAAGACCAACAUCGUCGAGGGUCCAUUGAAAUUGACCGAAAUUCCAGUGUAGAAGUUGGCAUAAGUGGCCGUGAAAAAAUGCAGUCUGUACAUAAGAUGUUUAAAUGCCGCCCUGAUGAGGUGAUGUCCAUCCGAACCACUAACAGAGAAUACUUCCUCAUUGCUCAGGACAGGGAGAAGAUUAAAGACUGGGUCAGCUUCGUGUCAUCAUUCUGCCACCAUGGAGAGCCAGCACGCCACAAUCCAGAGCAGGAGAAAUUCAAACUGUGUGGUAAAAGGCCCUCCUCCGAACCCAGCCCUCUCCUUGGUCUUUCCAGCACAUCAGAGGCUAUCGGCCCCACCACACCAAGAAACAGUCUUCCAGACAUGCAUUUAAUGGAAAAAAAUUCUCCAGGACUCAGACAAGCCCAUUUACUACGUUAUUUCUCGUCAGAGACUACUGAAGAUACAGAAGAGAGUCAUUAUAUUAGUCCUCAAAGUAUUCUUUUAGAGUUGGAUACUUUUGUUGCUUCCAGUGAUUCUGGUGAAUCUGCUGAAGCUGAUAGUCCAGACCAGUUCUCCAAGAGAACUGAGAAUCACUACAUGUCAAUGAAAUCCUGUUUUUUCAGAGAGACAUCCCACGAGACUGCUGAUAGCGAAAAGGAAUCCCAGGCCCUUCCAGAGAGCCAGAAUAGCGGGCUUCACUUGCAAGAACAAGAUUCACAAAGUGACUCUUGUCUUCCACCUGCCAAUAUGGAAGCACAGACCAUGAAUGACAAAAAGCGGUCGGCCUCACUUACUGUUGUGCAAUUAUCUAUACUAAUCAAUAACAUCCCUGAUGAAGGCCAAGUGGAGAAACUAGAUGUGUUCCUUUCUCCUUCCGACAUCAUCAAUUAUCUUACUCUCAUAGAAGCCGCAGGACGGAUAUGUGUGGCUCAGUGGCAAGGCCCCCUGCGCCUGGGAUGCUUAUUCUUUCACGGAGAUCAUCUUUUGGCCGUGAAUGACCUGAAGCCCCACGGCCUGGACGAGGCCUCCUUGUUUCUCAGCCGGUCUGUCCAGAAGGAGAAAAUAAAACUCACCAUCGGCCGGAUCCCAAAUUCAGAGAAAUUCCAUGCUGUCGCCUGUACAUGCCCCUUAAAAGAUGAAGGUGUUGUACCUUUUCAAGUGGAUAGCUCUGGAUCAGGGAAGACACUGAAGAGGAGCCCAGCCAUUAGAAAGAAUCCGUGCAAAGGAAGUAGAGAGUAACAUGCCAGGACCCACUGCAGAGGAGCAAGGAUGGCCCUGGACUCUGCAGGGGCUCUGCCUCUCACCACUGUGUGUAGGAUGAGGCAAGUCAGCACAGAUCUCUGAUUUUCUGCAUCUGCAUCUUAAUGGUGGGGAUAGCUCCCCUCUCUGGCUAUUGCAUCAGGGAUGUUGCGAGGGCCAAGGGUGGUAAUGACUAUGGAGCACACACCUUAUUAUCUUUGACUUUGUCCCACACAGCACAGAGAUCGGGUAAGUCUGUCAUAUAAAAUGCACUGUGUUCUAUGAGGUCAUGCUCCACACAAUCCCUUCUUUGUCAGGGAACAUACAGUUGGAAAUAAAUGCUCAUUCCAGGAAGGCAAGGUUCCCGAGAGAUGCGAUAUCAUAUCAACCCUCCCAAACAACUCCUGCUCCUUGUCAUGCCCCUGGUCCAAAAUGCUGAGACAGAGCUGCCUCUUGGACUCAAUAAUUAUCUUAUUUUCUUAAGACCCAGUAACUAUUCUAGAAGUUGAAGCAGUUUUAGGUCAUAUACAGCAAAGAUCUGUUUUCUCUACAAGGAAUUGAGGCAACGACUUACCACUUCUAAGUUUGAAAGGUCUUAACUAACUGACGGUAAUUCAUUGAUCCUACAAGGCCAAAAACAUCAAAUCUUUUUCCAUAAACAGGAAAACAGAGGCAGAGAGAGAAAGGACUAAUCAUAUCUGGGAAUGGUAGAGCAUAAGGAGGCUUCAGAAAAUAUAUCUUACCAUGUUGUCAUCUUGUGCCAGAGACAUCCAGGCCCCAUACGUUUAAUACAAACAGAAACAGACUCAUAAAUACAGAGAACAAACUGGUGGUUGCCAGAGAGGAGGGGGUGGGGGGACGGAGAAGGAGAUUAAAAGGUACAAACUUCCAGUUAUAAAAUAAGGAAGUCUCAGGGAUGAAAAGUGCAGGAUGGGGAAUAAAGUCAAUAAUACCGCAAUAACAUUGUAUCGUGAGUACACUUAACUGUGGUGAGCAGAGCAUAAGGUACAGGAUUGUUGAAUCACUCUGUUGUACACCUGAAACUAAUAGAACAUGGUAUGUCAAAAAGUAGCAAUAGUAAUAAUAUACUUCCUCUGUGGUUCCCAGUUGCAUAGCUGUUUAGUGGCAGAACCAAGAAUCUAAAACCAGCUCUGAGAAACAGAUGUCCUGAUCCUCACUUUGUAUUUGGACUGAGGUUUGAAAAGACCUUCAGCAGAUAGAAGACACAUUCAAAUACAGAUCUGUUAUCCAGAUUGUCUAAAAAUUUUUACCUACUGUUUCUUUUUUUUAAGCUGGAUUGAAAACUCUGCUUUCUCCCUAGUUUUAUUGAAAUGUAAUUGACAUAUGGCAUUGUAUCAGGUCAAAGUAUACAAUGUAAUGAUCUGAUGUGUGUAUAGUCACCUACUGUUUCUACUUCCGGAAAUCUGUCCUACAGAAAUACUCAACACACAGAUUGUUUUGUAAUGUUCACUGUAGCAUUGUGUAAUAAAAAAAAUUAUUCAGG